GCGCGCGGAGGGCGCGCAGCCCAGAAGGGAGCCUCCGGCGGCCGCUUUCUAGAGUCCACAGUCCGCUGCCUCCUCCGGGUGAGGACAGUGUCCAGGCCCCGAGUCUAUCGAGGAAAAUGAAGUUAAGCCGCCAGUUCACCGUGUUCGGCAGUGCAAUCUUCUGUGUGGUGAUUUUCUCGCUCUACCUGAUGCUGGACCGGGGUCACUUAGACUACCCCAGUAGCCCGCGCCGCGAGGGCUCCUUCCCCCAGGGCCAGCUCUCAAUGUUGCAAGAAAAAAUAGACCAUUUGGAGCGUUUGCUAGCUGAGAAUAAUGAGAUCAUCUCAAAUAUUAGAGACUCGGUGAUCAAUUUAAGUGAGUCUGUGGAGGACGGUCCGAAAAGUUCACAAGGCAAUUUCAGCCAAGGUGCCGGCUCACACCUGCCAUCACAACUGUCCCUCUCAGUUCACCCUGCAGACUGCAUGUUUGCUUCACAAAGUGGAAGUCAUAAUUCAGAUGUACAGAUGUUGGAUGUUUACAGUCUACUUUCUUUUGACAAUCCAGAUGGUGGAGUUUGGAAGCAAGGAUUUGACAUUGAGUAUGGAAGUAAGGAAUGGGACACUGAACCCCUUCAGAUCUUUGUGGUGCCUCAUUCCCAUAAUGACCCAGGUUGGUUGAAGACUUUCAAUGACUACUUUAGAGACAAGACUCAGUAUAUUUUUAAUAACAUGGUCCUAAAGCUGGGAGAAGACUCAAGGAGGAAGUUUAUGUGGUCUGAGAUCUCUUACCUUUCAAAGUGGUGGGAUAUUAUAGAUAAUCAGAAGAAGGAUGCUGUUAAAAGUUUAAUAGAAAAUGGUCAGUUUGAAAUUGUGACAGGUGGCUGGGUUAUGCCUGAUGAAGCUACUGCCCAUUAUUUUGCCUUAAUUGAUCAACUAAUUGAAGGACAUCAGUGGCUGGAAAAUAAUCUAGGAGUGAAACCUCGGUCUGGCUGGGCUAUUGAUCCUUUUGGACAUUCACCAACAAUGGCUUAUCUUCUAAAACGUGCUGGAUUUUCUCACAUGCUUAUCCAGAGAGUUCAUUAUGCAAUUAAAAAACACUUUGCUUUGCAGAAAUCAUUGGAGUUUUUUUGGAGACAGAAUUGGGAUCUAGGAUCUGGCACAGAUAUUUUAUGCCACAUGAUGCCCUUCUACAGCUAUGACAUCCCUCACACUUGUGGACCCGAUCCUAAAAUAUGCUGCCAGUUUGAUUUUAAACGGCUUCCUGGAGGUAGAUUGGGUUGUCCUUGGGGAUUCCCCGCAGAAACAAUACAUGCUGAAAAUGUCCAAAGCAGGGCUUGGAUGCUUUUAGAUCAGUACCGAAAGAAGUCAAAGCUUUUUCGUAGUAAAGUUCUCCUGGCCCCACUAGGAGAUGAUUUCCGCUACUGUGAAUACACAGAAUGGGAUUUACAGUUCAAGAAUUACCAGCGGCUUUUUGAUUAUAUGAAUUCUCAACCUCAGUUCAACGUAAUGAUACAGUUUGGAACUUUAUCAGAUUAUUUCGAUGCACUGGAUAAAGCAGCUGCAAAUCAGAAAGAGAAGAGCCAGUCGAUGUUUCCUAUUCUAAGUGGAGACUUUUUCACUUACGCUGACCGAGAUGAUCAUUACUGGAGUGGCUACUUUACAUCCAGACCCUUUUACAAACGAAUGGAUAGAAUCAUGGAAUCCCAUCUAAGGGCUGCUGAAAUUCUUUACUAUGUUGCCCUGAGACGAGCUGAGAAAUACAAGAUAAAUAAAUUUCUUUCCUCAUCACAUUACAAGUCACUAACAGAAGCCAGAAGAAAUCUGGGACUGUUUCAACACCAUGAUGCUAUCACAGGAACGGCAAAAGAUUGGGUGGUUGUGGAUUAUGGUAUCAGACUCUUUCAUUCAUUAAUUGUUUUGGAAAAGAUAAUUGGAAGUUCUGCAUUUCUUCUUAUUUUGAAGGACAAACAUUUGUACGACUCUUACUCUUCUGAUACCUUCUUAGACAUGGAUUCCAAGCAAAAAUCACAAGAUUCUCUGCCACAAAAAAAUAUAAUAUCCCUGAGUGCGGAGCCAAGCUUCUUUUGCAGGUACCUUGUGAUAUAUAAUCCUUUAGAACAAGACCGAACCUCGGUGGUCUCAGUCUAUGUGAGCUCCCCCACGGUGCAAGUGUUCUCUGCUUCAGGACAACCUAUCGAAGUUCAAGUCAGUGCAGUUUGGGAUGGAAAAAAUGCUAUUUCAGGAACAGCCUAUGAGGUCUCUUUUCUAGCACAUGUACCACCGUUGGGAAUGAAAGUGUAUAAGAUUUUGGAAUCAACAAGUUCAAAUUCACAUUUAGCUAAUUAUGUCUUCUAUAAUGGUAAAGUAGAAGAUACAGGAAUUUUCAACAUAAAGAACAAAUUAUAUGCCGAAGAAUCUAUAACUCUAGAGAACUCCUUUAUUGCACUCUGGUUUGCUCAAUCUGGGCUUAUGGAGAAAAUGAUGACUAAAGAAGAUGGUAAACACCAUGAAGUAAAUGUGCAAUUUUCAUGGUAUGGAACCACAAAUAAACCUGACAAAAGUGGUGCCUACCUCUUCUUACCUGAUGGUGAUGCCAAGCCUUAUGUUUACAAACUACUGCCCUUGGUCAGAGUGACACAUGGAAGGAUUUAUUCGGAAGUGACUUGCUUUUUUGAACAUAUUACCCAUAGAGUCCGACUGUACCAUAUACAGGGAAUAGAAGGACAGUCUGUGGAAGUUUCCAAUAUUGUGGACAUCCGAAAAGAAUAUAAUCAUGAGAUUGCAAUGAGAAUUUCUUCUGAUAUAAAAAACCAAAAUAGAUUUUAUACUGACCUAAAUGGAUACCAGAUUCAACCUAGAAUGACAAUGAAAAAAUUGCCUCUCCAAGCAAAUGUCUAUCCGAUGACCACGAUGGCGUAUAUCCAGGAUGCUGAGUGGCGCUUGACACUACUGUCUGCUCAGUCCUUAGGGGUUUCCAGUUUGAAAAGUGGUCAGAUUGAAGUUAUCAUGGAUCGAAGACUCAUGCAAGAUGAUAAUCGUGGCCUUGGGCAAGGUGUCUAUGAUAACAAGAUUACAGCUAAUCUAUUUCGAAUACUUCUAGAAAAAAGAAGUGCCGUUAAUAUGGAAGAAGAAAAGCAUCCGGUCAGUUAUCCUUCUCUCCUUAGCCACAUGACUUCUUCUUUCAUGAAUCAUCCACUCUUUACAAUGACAAAGAAGUUCUCGCCUCCCCUUGAGCUGCUGGGUGAAUUCUCUCCGUUGCUGUCUUCUUUGCCUUGUGACAUUCAUCUGGUUAAUCUGAGAACAGUACAGUCAAAGGGGGGCAGUGUGUAUUCCGAUGAGGCAGCCUUGAUCCUCCACAGGAAAGGCUUCGAUUGCAGAUUCUCUAGCAAAAACACAGGACUACUUUGUCCUACUACUCAGGGAAAGAUGUUGGUACAGAAACUUUUUAACAAGUUUACUGUUGAAAGUCUCACACCUUCAUCGUUAUCCUUGAUGCAUUCACCUCCAGACGCCCAAAAUAUUAGCGAGAUCACCUUGAGUCCAAUGGAAAUCAGCACAUUCCGAAUCCGGUUGAGUUCCUCCCAUGAACUACCACCAUCAGUAUGAAUUGAUGCAACAAAUGAAGAAAUAUUUAAAAACAACCUCUCAACAGAUUGUAUCUCAGGUUAAAUGCUAACUAAUUAUGUCCAUGUUGGGAGUUGUGAAGAGAUUCUUGUAAGUAUUUAUGUUGCUGAUCCUUCUUUAGUUUUACAGAAAUACCCAUUUGACCGAAAUGGAAUAAAAUACUGGUGGGUAAAAGCUAAUGGCCAAAAUGGUUGCAACCAUUGAUAAAAGUUAGAAAAAUGUUGUGUUGAAAUAAGUGGAAAAGUGCAAUCCAUUGACCCUUAUGGUAAACGUAGUUGGUUUUCACACCUUUUUCUAAUGAACGUCUUAACCUUUCCCUCCCCUUCCCACCCUUUGUAAGUAUUUCCAGAAAUACCUAAUUUUAAAUCAUUCAGCAGUAGAAAAAGAGGCAUAUUUUCAUUACUUGACAAUGUGGGAUAGGUGCAAUUUAUUCCAUUGUCACUAAAAUAGAAGAAGCAAUUCCAUAGGUACCGUAAACCUAUUUUAGGUACCACAAGGUAUCUUUUUACACAGCUCAUUUGAAUACAGGUGUUCCGAGAUGGAGUUUUCUAUUUUAAAAUUAACCAUAUCAAAAUAAAUGUGCCUUAUUUUUUUAUAAGUCUUGUUAAAUCUUUUGGUGUCCAUAUUACUGUUUGGGGAAAGGGGGAUGUUGGGGGGUUGGGGACAGGGUGGGUAUUUUCUAUGACACAUAAAUUAUGUAAUUUUUGCCUGACGAUGCUGGCCACAUUCUGAUCUGUUUCAUUAAAUUUGUGGUGAUGUUACUCUAAACAUUUUGACUAUUUGAAUGUACUGAGAUGUCAGAAAACAAAACAAGGAAGAAAAAUAUUGUUAAUUAAAAUAUGCUGCUGCCAAGGAAACUGCAACUUGAAGCAAAGAUUUUGUAACAUGCAAAAUCCAGAUACUGUUUCCAUUUCACAGUAGUUAACUACUAAAAGAGAAUGCUUUAAAAAUAGACCCUAUUUUGAAACCCACUUUUAUGUAGCUGAUCAUGAUUUAUCUUAUUAAAGAAUAUGUUUGUUAAUUCCAAGUUUUUACAUGUGCUAGCCUCAAAGUGAAGUUCUAAGCCCAUGUGCCAUUACAAUACUUUUAAUAAAGUUUAUUUGGAAUCAUUGUUUCCUUAACAUUAAAAUAACAGCAACAUUUAAGCUAUUCAGUUUCAACGUGGAAAGGAAUCUGAGUAGGUAUAGUUUUGAAAAUUCUGAGUUAAAUUAAUAGCUUUAGUAUUAUGUGACUUUAAACUUCCAUUUUACCUCUUGUCAUUCCAACAUCUUUGUAGAGAAAUUAGAAUAAUUUCUCUUUCACUAUAUAAAUCGAUUAUCCUCUGGAUUUUUACUCAAGAUGCAGCUCCUAAAAUUAUUGUGUUUAAAUUCAUAAACUCCUUUGCCUUUAAUAAUUCAGAAAAUAAUACCAUUGUUGAUAGAGAUAUUACAAGGGGGUGACUUCAUGCAAUAAUCAUGUACUGUAAGCUUCCUUCCUCAUUUUUUGGGAA